AUGGCAGACUGGCAAACACUGCGAAACACACAUAGCAUUGGAUUCUUGAAGCCAAGAAAGUUCAACGACCCAUCACUGGUCCGUAUAUAUCGCUAUAUAUCGUACAGAUUAGGGCCAUUAGGGCCGCACCGGAAGACUUACGAAAACGAGGAAAUACUCUCUCAGAGACCAUCUUUUCAAAAGUUUGUCCCAAAACCUACAAUCCAUCGGAUUAUUAUUUACGGGAAUUGGAAAAUAUGUGAUAAUUAUCUCGAAUGGAAUGCAAAUAAAGUUAACUCUGGAUAUAAUAUGGAUAAUAUGUGUCCAUUAAACUUGGCAACACUGGGAUCGGGCUAUAGGGCUGGUUAUUGGCAACAACUGGUUACUGGAUACGACUACUCCAACGUCGAUAAUAUCAAAGGGGCUCUUAAUAUGAUAUUAACGAGAACUUCAAUGGCAGAAUCUAUGGUCGCACUGACUACAUUAAUAGGAGAAGAAGCCUUACUUUUUAGGGAACACCACAACCGUACGUACGCUUUGUUCCCAUAUAUAUUGGCGACCAUUAUUACCCAGAAAACAUAA